AUGAAGAUUGUAGACAAGUUGAAGAGGGAGAACAAAAUGGAGGGCAAACUCAGGUUGGAGGAAAAGAAAAAGAAAGAGAAGGAGAGGAUUCUGACCCUGGAGAACGAGAGGAAAGAAAAUGAAAUACAGGAGAAACUGAAAUUGGAAGAAGAGAUAAGGAGAGAAAGGGAGCAAUUUAAGGUCCUUGAGAAGGAUAUUAAGGCAAAGGGUCUGGAAGAGAAACGCCGGUUUAAGGAAGAAAAGGAGAGGAUAGAGAACCUACAGAAGGAAAAGAAGGUAAGACUUAAGCAAGAGAAAUUAAGAUUGGAGGCAGAGAAGAGGAAAGAGAAGGAGAUGGCAAAGACUCUGAAGAAGGAGAAUAAGGAAAAAGGAAUGAAAGAGAAAGUAAGAUUGGAGGCAGAGAAAAGGAAAGAGAAGGAGAUGGCAAAGACUCUGAAGAAGGAGAAGAAGGAAAAAGAAAUGAAAGAGAAAGUAAGAUUGGAGGCAGAGAAAAGGAAAGAGAAGGAGAUGGCAAAGACUCUGAAGAAGGAGAAGAAGGAAAAAGAAAUGAAAGAGAAAGUAAGCUUGAAAGAAGCUAAAAGGGAAAAAAAGGAGAUAACAAAGUGUCUGGAGAAGAAGAAGACCAGACAAGCAAAAGAGGAGAAAUGUAGACUUGAGCGAGAGAAAAAGAAAGAAAAGGAGAUGAGGAAAAACAUGAAGAAGGACAAAGAAAUGGCCAAGAAAAUGUUAGCUGAAGCAGAGAAACAAAGAGGACGUGAGGAGAAGAAGUGCUUGCAGGAAGAGAAGGAGCGCGAAAAAGCUAAGAAAGGGUUAGCUAAAGCUGAGGGAAAAAACUACACAAAAGCUGUUGAAGAGCUACAAAUGCAGGAAGAGGAAUAUAGAAAGCAUCAACUAAACACUAAGGGAACAGCAGAGAUGAAGAAGGAACAGGAGAGGUCAGACAACAACAAGCGAAAGAGAAUAUUACUGACAGAGAACAUCAUUUUAGUCCGUCAGGCAAACAGGAUGGACAGACACAAGACCCCAUCACUGAAGGAGUCAGACUCAGAGGAGUGGGCAGAUACAGAUGGUGAUGAUGAGUCUGAGACUGACUGGUGAAGACUAAAUGCCCAGUCACUUGACAUGCAACAGAUUUCAAAAGGAGUUAGGGAAGGAAAGUGGUAAAAAGAUUGAAAGCUAAGAGACAUCUAUUAUGGAUACAAGAUGCAUAAGAAACAUCUACUAGCAGAGAUCUUUAUAUGACACCUAAGCAGCUAAAAGAUCUUAAAUUGCCAUCACCAUAAUCUUAUGUCUUUGAAUAAAGGAUUACAUGCAGCAGCAAAAGCCAACAUUGUAUCCAGAUCUGACAUUUCUAAAUAGAUAAAACUUUACAUUCUGCUGUAUUGGUUGCUUGUUUCAAUUAAACAAUUUUCAAAUCACCCUUUCUGGAAGACAACAAGACAAAAUAAACUCCCACGACUCUCCCAUUUUACUCAGGGGGAAGUCAUUGAAAGAAAGACCUUCAUAUUUUGUUGAAUAGUAAAAGCUGGCAAUGUAAAAUGUAAAAUGGUAUGUGUUCCUGGGUCUAAAAUAAAGUUAAUUAUGCCCAACG